AUGGAUGUGAACCCCAAGUACGACAACUACGACUUCCCUACCCAGGGACCCGAGAAGCAGGAUGGCCACGCUGGCUACCUCACAGAGGAGCAGAUCGCCAAGGUGCACCAGCUUCGGAUGCUCCUCGAGGCUGAGGGCGUGACUGAUCGAUUGGACACUCUGACUCUGCUUCGAUUCCUCCGAGCGCGCAAGUUCGACGUCGAGCUCUCAAAAGCCAUGUUCUUGGACACUGAGAAAUGGCGAAAGGAGACCAAGCUGGACGAGACUGUGCCUACCUGGGACUACCCCGAGAAGGCUGAGAUCAGCAAGUACUACACUCAGUUCUACCACAAGACCGACAAGGAUGGCCGACCCAUCUACAUCGAGACCCUCGGCGGCAUUGACUUGACUGCCAUGUACAAGAUCACCACCGCCGAGCGUAUGCUUCAGAACCUUGCUGUCGAGUACGAGCGCGUCGCCGACCCCCGUCUCCCUGCCUGCUCCCGCAAGGCUGGUCAUCUCCUUGAGACCUGCUGCACCAUCAUGGACCUCAAGGGUGUCUCCAUCGGCAAGGUCCCCCAGGUGUACUCGUAUGUCAAGCAGGCCUCAGUCAUCUCUCAGAACUACUACCCUGAGCGUCUGGGCAAGCUUUACAUGAUCAACGCUCCCUGGGGCUUCUCCACCGUCUGGAGCAUCGUCAAGGGCUGGCUCGACCCCGUCACCGUGUCCAAGAUUAACAUUCUGGGCACGGGCUACAAGAGCGAGCUCCUCAAGCAGAUCGACGCCGAGAACCUGCCCAAGCAGUUUGGCGGCUCUUGCGAGUGCCAGGGCGGCUGCGAGAACAGCGACGCCGGCCCCUGGCACGACCCCCAGUGGGCGCGCCCCGCCUGGUGGGAGAAGAAGCAGGAUGACAAGGUCAUCGAGAACAAGGGCUCCGAGAUUGAGGCUCCCGCGGGCGAGAAGGCCCCCGAGGUUGCCCCCGUCGCUGAGAAGGACGGGGCUGCCCAGCCUGCGCCCGCCGCGGCUUAG